GAGUUAUAUAAGCGCUCUGCACCUCAGGAAUUCAUUACAGUAACGCCCAAAGCAGAGAAGCUAGAAAUAUAGGGACACAGUUAGAAAAAGGCUGAGAGAGGACACUGAAAAGAAUAAGAAGAUAUUCCAGAGGACAUUUGUGUGGUGAUGGAAAAGGAACAGCUGAGCUAUGAGGACGCCAUUAGGAGGGCAGGUGAUGCUAUUCGUCGCUUUCCUCUAAUAGAUGUUCAGGGUAUCCCUCUCAUGAGCACCAUUGCUGAAAAUUGGAAAUCAGUUUCAGAAUUCUGUCCUGACCCAUCAGACCUACUCAUCUCUACUUACCCGAAAGCAGGCACAACCUGGACUCAAGAGAUAGUAGAUCUUCUUCUGCACAAUGGAGAUGCUGAGGUCUGCAAGAGAGCGCCAACUGCUGUCCGUAUUCCAUUUCUGGAGAUUUGCGCUCCUCCACCCAUACCAUCAGGGCUUGACUUACUUAAACAGAUGAAACCACCGAGAGUCAUCAAAACUCACCUGCCCAUUCAGCUAGUCCCUAAAGGAUUCUGGGAAAAUAAAUGCAAGGUCAUUUAUCUGGCCCGGAAUGCUAAGGAUAACCUUGUAAGCUACUUCCACUUUGAUCGCAUGAACCUUACCCAGCCAGAACCAGGACCUUGGGAUGGAUACAUUCACAAGUUCAUGAAGGGACAAUUAGGUUGGGGCUCUUGGUAUGACCAUGUAAAAGGCUACUGGAAGGAACGCAAGGAAAGGAAUAUUCUCUACAUACUCUAUGAGGACAUAAAGGAGAAUCCUUUUAGGGAGAUUAAAAGGAUCAUGCACUAUCUGGACCUGUCUGUUUCUGAAGAUGUCAUAAAGAGGAUUGUGCAGCUGACAUCCUUCCAAGUCAUGAAAGACAAUCCGAUGGCUAACUACUCCUACAUCCCAAAACCUGUGUUUGAUCAGUCCAUUUCUGCAUUCAUGAGAAAAGGAGAGGUUGGUGACUGGGUUAACCAUUUCACCUCAGCUCAAUCCCAGAUGUUUGAUGAAGACUACAAUAACCAAAUGAAAGAUGUGGACAUUCCAUUCCGCUUUAGCAUUUGAUCCCUAAAUAAUUUGUGCAACAUUAUAUAUUAUAGAUGUUUUGUCUGAUGUCAUUAUGUAUAACAUUCUACUCACCUGAUCUCACUGAUUGCCUAAAAUAUGUGCUUUUUUUGUAUUUAGAACUAUUUUAAAUGUCAUUAUUGUUUAUAAAGGGUUGUGUCAGUCUUUAAGCAAUAUGCUUAUUAAUUAGAGCUUGGUUCUAUUAGAAGAAUAAUUUGCUAGUGGUGAUUUAUUUGGC